AUGGGACGCAAGCCCACGCCGCAGCCGCUCAUGCUGGCAGACUCAAACGCCCUGGAGCAUAUUGCCAGCAGCGGGCCCGCAUCCACUGAGGCGGCGGCACAAGGCUUGUCACCCGCCGAAUCCAAAUCGUCGUCCUCGCACCGCUCCUCUCCCCUCACCAGCAGAUUUGCCCCUAAGAGGCCGCAAACAGGGAAGCCUGCCCUGCCCCCCGGCGACGGCUCGAAUCAUCACCAACAGCCGCACCACCAGCGAUCACAGUCCGCCCGCGACGAGCGCCCUCCCGUCUCCGCGGCUGCGCUUCCUGCGUCCCACGCCCCCGUCCCCCAGACGGUGACGCGAUCCACAGCUACCGACGGCAAGAAGUCAAUCAAGAGCGGCUUCUUCCACUUCGCCAAGUCGUCCAAGAGCUCAAAUCAGCUCCUCAACCUGCCGGUGACGCAACCGAACACGGAAUCGCGGGACAAGGCGUUAGUGACAGACGGCGAUCAAACGAGCGUUCGUCGAAACGAAGCAAACUCGCCCUACGGACAAGGCUCGCUAGAGAAGCCGGCUACACCGCUCCCGUCCCGUUCCGAACUCUCACUUUCCUCGACGGCAGCCGAGCACGAACCCGCUCCAAUUCCCUCUCCGGGCAAGAAGACCAAGUCCAAACCUUUUGGCAUCCUCAGCCGCACCAAGUCUGCGCGCGAAAACAAGGGCAGGACCAGUCCUCAGCUCUCCACUGCCGCGCUGCCCAGCGCAUCUACCAGAGCGGAACCUCACGAGGAUAAGGGCUUGUUCGGGAAAAGUUCACGAAGUGGGAGCACCACGGAGAGGGAGCCCGUCAUUGACGAUGAGCAUUAUGUCCUCAAGGUGAUCAAUCUACCUUUGGUGGAACAGACACGCUUGACACGCAUCUCGAAACGCCUGGAGAACUCGAGAGACAAGACCGAGUUUUGGAUGCCUGCUUUCCCAUGGCGGGCUAUUGACUAUCUGAACUACAAGGGCUGCGAUGUAGAGGGCCUCUACCGAGUUCCCGGGAGCGGUCCGCAGAUCAAGAAGUGGCAGCGGAAGUUUGACGAGCAAUAUGAUGUGAACCUGUUCGAAGAAGACGAGUUAUACGACAUCAAUAUUAUUGGCUCGAUGCUCAAAGCCUGGUUACGGGAGCUUCCGGACGAGCUCUUCCCCAAAGAAGCCCAGGAAAGAGUUGCUCGGGAAUGUGCCGGCUCGACGGAGGUCCCUCAGAUGCUGAUCGACGAACUCUCAAACCUCUCCCCGUUCAACUACUACUUGCUAUUUGCAAUCACAUGCCACCUCAGCCUCCUUCUCGCCCAUUCGGACAAGAACAAAAUGGAUUUCAGAAACCUUUGCAUCUGCUUUCAACCAUGCAUGAAGAUCGAUGCAUUCUGCUUCAAGUUUCUGGUGUGCGAUUGGAGAGAUUGCUGGAAAGGUUGCAAGAGCGAAGCGAAGUACAUUGAGUCAGAAUACAGGCUCUUUGAUCAGCCUCCCCCGCGCGGCCUCUCUGAACCUCAGCGGCCAGCGCAAAGCGAAGAAGUAGACAACCGUCAGCUGUCUUCUCCCGACAGCACUUUGCACUCGACGAAUGGGGGCACGGAGGCACCUGUUCAGUCCAAAGGCCACGGCAACCACCUUCCGAACUCCAACGUCAGCAUCCACUCCAACACCUCCUCCGUCUCAAAUGACAGCCCUCGAAGUCACCGUGAAGCCGCGCAGACUGCGAGGGACUUGCGGCCACUUUCACCAAUUCAACCGUUGUCGCCUAUCGGGUUCUGA